AUGUGUCUCAUCAGCAUUCAGUACACAGCCUGCGGGCACAAUGGCAGCCCCUUCGUCCUCGACAAGGACCGCUGUCCGCUCUGGCCAGCACCGCAGUGUGUGUUCAAUUUCAAGCGUCCAAUGAGCUACGACGCCCUCCUCAUCAGGGACGACGUUUGCGAUCAGUGUCUUGGGCAACCACACCAGUCACAGAAUGGCCUCGGACAAGACGGUUUCAACAGCGAGGCCAAGCAUCCAGAGGAGGAGCAACAUAGCGAUGGCGACACAAUCAGCACAGGCAGCACAAGCAGCCUGCCCCAAGAGCCGAUGCUUUUCGACAGCCUGGACGGCAUGGAUGCCGCCGGCUUCAUCGAGGCGGCGGCGGCUACGUUUCCCGCAGAGAAGAACACCAGGCCGCUGAGGGUGACCAACGCAAGCACCAUCGCCAGCAGCAAUUCCGACAGCGGCAGCGACGGUGCGGUUCGCAGCUUCGUCGCGUCGGACCGCGACAAGGGGGUGGUUGGCCCCCCUGGCAGCUACGAGCACGUUCCCAGGGAGAUAGACAUCGGCCCCUUUGCCUUUUACUUUGAGAACGACCCGGCGACGCACGGCUCCAUCUACCACCAUGGAGACCGCGAGGUGGAGGACCUCAUAGAGCUGGUGCUGUCUCGUUGGAGAGUGGGCAAGGAUUCUGGGGAGGACAUGAGAUCAUAA